AUGAGUUCUGACCGGGAGGACUAUGACAUGGUCUGUCAGAAAGCUGUGACCCUAAUUGUUGACCUUUGCCUGCACAACAGCACCCUGUUGGAUCAGGACACCUGUCAGGAUUUCCUCUUCGUAUUGACCAGCCAGGGUUCUGACCAGAAACAACUUGACGCUACUUUUGGCCUGCUGCUUGGCGUGUUUCUCGUGUGUAGCCUGGCUCUGCUGGGCCUUUUUACAUUUGUCUCCUGGAAGCUGUGCUGGGUUCCUCGGCGGACCAAGGCUCAGUCCUUCUCCGGCCCAUCGUUAAGCCCGGCCUGCGGCCCGCAGCACUGCUCGCUCCAGCCGCCCCUGCUGCUGCCCAGUCCUCAGCACCCGGAGGUCUCCAUGGCGACGGAGAAGGUGAAGGACCCCAUGGGUUCCAUGGGUUUCCUGGAGGCAGCGGUGAAGAUAAGCCAUACUUCUCCUGACAUCCCCGCCGAUGUGCAGCUCUCCAUGAGGGAGCACUUCCUGCGCCGCACGCAGCGCAUGCAGAGACAGGCGACCGAGCCGGCCUCCUCCACACGGCACAACUCAUUCAAAAGACAUCUUCCCCGGCAGAUGCAGGUGGGCAGUUUAGAUCUGGGGAAUGACUAUAUGGUGGAAGCAGAUGAAAAACUCACGAGCAUCGGCCGCAUCCAGCCAGAGCUCUACCAACAAAAAGCCCUGGAGUCGGAGGAUUCAUCCAAAAACAGCAGCAGUAAAAAUUGUGGGAGGAUUAACUUCUCUCUCAAGUAUGACUACGAAAACGAGGCACUCAUUGUCAACAUCCUCCAGGCGGAAGACCUGCCUGCCAAGGACUUAUGUGGCACCUCCGACCCGUACGUGAAGGUCUACCUGCUGCCCGACCGAAAGAAGUUCCAGACCCGCGUCCACCGGAAGACGCUCAACCCCACGUUCAGCGAGAGCUUCCAGUUCCCCGUGCCUUACGAAGAGCUGGCCGUCAGGAAGCUCCACAUGAGCGUGUUUGACUUUGACAGGUUCUCCCGGCAUGACAUGAUUGGAGAGGUGGUGCUGGAGAACUUGUUUGAGACGUCAGACCUGUCCCGGGAGACCAACAUCUGGAGGGACAUCCAGUACGCCACCACGGAGAGUGUUGACCUCGGGGAGAUCAUGUUCUCACUCUGCUACCUGCCCACUGCAGGCCGGCUCACUCUCACUGUCAUCAAGUGCAGGAACCUCAAGGCCAUGGACAUCACCGGCUACUCAGAUCCCUAUGUGAAGGUGUCGCUCAUUUGUGACGGUCGACGUUUGAAAAAGAAGAAGACGAGCAUCAAGAAGAACACUCUGAAUCCCACCUACAACGAGGCCAUCAUCUUCGACAUCCCUCCAGACAGCAUGGACCACGUCAGCCUGCACCUCUCCGUCAUGGACUACGAUCUGGUAGGUCAUAAUGAGAUCAUUGGAGUGAUGAGGCUUGGAUGCCACGCUGAGGGACUUGGCAGGGAUCACUGGAACGAGAUGCUGGCGUAUCCGAGGAAGCCCAUUGCACACUGGCACCACCUUCUGGAGCCCAAGAAGUCUGAGAAGGAGUGGAAGGCGAGGACGGCCAGCUUUGACAGCCAGGGUUCGUGCCCCUCGCCCCGGCCCCCCGCCAGCCCCUGAGCAGAGCCACCUGUGACACCAGCAGAACCAGAUAGGAGCUUCCUCUCUCCUGCUGAUGCACAUCCUGUCUGUCUGAUCGAGGAGAAAGCAACCCCACUGUUUCUCUCUCCCUCUGUCUCUCUCUUCUUCAAGUCAGUUUGUGAAGCGCAGUCUUUUCAAAAUUAGGAUAGCCGAUUUGAAACGUGGCCUGCCGUCGCUACGGCCCCGGAGCUGGCUUUGCCCGUUGGAAGAGACUGGCUUGGAGGUUCAGUCUGCAGACAUUCACCGAGAAACUGAACCCAGCAACAUCACUGUUUUGUUAACGCUCCCUGAAAGCAGCACAAGUUUAACAGUGAAAAAUUGAGGACAUAUCCAUGCGAAGAAAAAUAAAGAUGAUCUUAAAAGUGAGCUAUUUCAAAAAUGUACCAUUUUAUCAUUUUGGAACUAAGAUGCUUAUUGAGCUGUGUCUACUAGUGUACUCAAAAUUUCAUGAGCAGUCAUAUUCUCUCGAGCUUAAAAUGUGACGGAAAUUUAAAAAAAAGAAAUAUGACUUGAUUCACAGCAGAGCUGCACUUCAAUUUCUCUUAGUUCAGGGGUCGGCAACCCGCGGCUCUAGAGCCGCAUGUGGCUCUUUAGUGCCACCCUGGUGGCUCCCUGGAGCUUUUUCAAAAAUGUUUGACCUUUUUUUUCCUUUUUUUCUUCUUUUUUUCCUUUUUUUCUCUUUUUUCUUCCCUUUUCCUUUGCUUUUUAAUCUCGAAUGAAUC